CCUGUCUCUGCCUCCCGAGUGCUGGGCUCAAAUGUAUGUGCCACCACACCACUUUGACUUGUUUAGCAAUGUUUACAGGGUGAAUGGGAAAGUUCAGGUGGAAAGCACACCAAGAUUUUUGGGAUGUUGAUUCAGCAAACAUUACUCCAUCUCUUUUUAUCUUGACUUAUACACUUAUUUAUCUAACUAUUUAUUGAGACAGGAUCUUUCUAUGUAACCCUGGCUGGCUUGGAACUUACAGAGAUCCGCCCUACCUCUGCCUCUUAAGUAUUGGGAUUAAAGGUGUGCGCCACCACUCCUGUCUCCAUCUCUUAAUAUAUAGAAUAUUUCCCUUGAGCAUGCAGGGUUUGGGUUUUUGGUUUGGUUUGGUUGUUCUGACAGCGUCUCACUCUAGGUUCAUGUUGGCCUGGAACUCAUUAUGUCACCAAGGCUGGCGAUCCUCCUGCCUCAGCCUCCCAGGUGCUAGGAGUACAGCCUUGAACCACCACCGUCAGCCUAACUCUGUAAAAGAUGCCCCAGUGCUAGCAGGGUGGUGAGAGCAUCUAUGGCCCAUAAGACUGUCACGGGUCAGGCCUGGGCUCCCCUCCUGUCAUCCUUCUUUGUCCCUGACUCUCCCCCUGCAUUAGUUAGAUGUUCUGUCCCUUGCUCUCUCUGUCUGGGCAUGCCAGCUUCUGGCCUUGACUAUAACACGCUUCCCGGAAGACCCUCCCCUCUCUAACUCUGGCACCAUGGCCUCAAGGAGGUCUGCCUAAUCCACCCUUGCUACACUGGCUGCCUGUGCUUCCUCCUGUUGCUGCUGCCUUCACAGCUCACCUCUUUCUGGAAUUAUCUCCCCUCCUAUUGUGAGCACGGUUUUACUUGCAUAUUCCUGGAGGCUAGGGCCCAUUCAUGGGUCCUCUCACUGCUCUGCCUAGUGCCUGGCAUCAUCCUCAUCUCAGGAAACAUCAACUGAAUAAAUGAUUGGCUGAGCUGUCGGGCCCUCGAGCCUUGCUACUGACUCACAUCCGUUCUUGUGCUGACCUGUGUCAGCGUAUGACCUGAAUCCUGGCGCAUCUCCCCCAGUGCAUGGGGCCACCCUUCCAGACAGCUCAGGUGCACUCUAGUUCCUUAGACCUAUUGUGAAUUCUCAGCCACCUGCAACCCUGCUUCCAGAACUGGCCUCUUAGCUCCACCUUUCCUGCAGGCUUCUCUAGUGCUCCCGCCCGGAAACUAGGCCAAAGAGCCUCUCUCCCACUCAGAGCUUACCUUUCACCCAGUACUGGGCCUCCCGCCCAGCUGCUUGUUUACUGUGGGCUCACCAGGGAUGUGUGUCAGGUGGUUACCAGCCAUUCCUGAUGGCCGGUGAGCUGGGGGCACUGAUACCGUUCCUCCCAUUUUUCCACAGGUAUGUCUCCUGUGCCCUUGGAUGCCCCUACGAGGGGAAGGUCUCCCCGGCUAAAGUAGCUGAGGUUGCCAAGAAGUUGUACUCAAUGGGCUGCUAUGAAAUCUCCCUUGGGGACACCAUUGGUGUAGGCACCCCAGGACUCAUGAAAGACAUGCUGACUGCUGUCAUGCGCGAGGUGCCUGUGGCCGCCCUGGCUGUCCACUGCCAUGAUACCUAUGGCCAAGCCCUGGCCAACACCUUGGUAGCCCUCCAGGUAAUGUGUCCCAUUUGCUGAGAGGGCAUGGGGCAGGG